AUGUCUGAAGAGAAGCCCCUCAACGCGGCCAAAGACCAGGACAAGGAUGACAUUGUCUACCCAACCGGUCUCAAGCUCGCUCUGCUGAUGACAUCCAUUUUCAUUGGCAUGUUUCUGGUUUCCCUCGACCGACUCAUCAUCUCGCCCGCGAUUCCCCAGAUCACCGACGAGUUCCACUCAGCAGGAGAUAUUGGCUGGUAUGGGACGGCGUACCUCCUGACCAACUGUGCUUUUCAGCUGCUGUUCGGUAAGGUAUACACUGUAUUCAGCAUCAAGGCCACCUUCAUGACGUCCAUUGUCCUGUUCGAAGUCGGUUCGGCUCUCUGCGGCGCGGCUCCAAACUCGAUCGGAUUCAUUCUCGGCAGAGCCAUUGCUGGCCUGGGUUCUGGGGGGAUUUUUGCGGGCGCCCUGACAGUUAUUGUGUAUGCGCUCCCACUGCACAAGCGGCCCAAGUAUCAGGGGGCCUUUGGGGCUGUGUUUGGGGUCGCCUCGGUGGCUGGCCCACUGGUUGGCGGUGCCUUUACCACCAAUGUCACCUGGAGAUGGUGCUUUUAUAUCAAUCUGCCCCUAGGAGCAGUAGUUAUCGCGACCACCCUUCUUUUUUUCGAAAUACCCGACCAUCAGAACGCCCCGAAGCCGCUGAAGGGGAAGCUGCGUCAGCUGAACGGACUUGGAGUACUUACCAUUAUGCCUGGAGUCGUUUGUCUUUGCUUGGCUCUGCAGUGGGGUGGCUCCCAGUAUGCAUGGGGAGAGGGCCGGAUCGUCGCGCUGCUGGUGCUGACCUUCCUGUGUCUGAUCGCGUUCGUCUUGAUCCAGGUAUGGAAGCCAGAGCAGGCAACGCUGCCACCACGAGUCUUCCUACAACGGAGCAUCGCCUCCGGUUUCUGGGCGAGCUGCUGUUUCGGCGCACACAUGAUCCCAACCGUGAUUUAUCUUCCCCUCUGGUUCCAGGUCAUUGACGGCGUCUCGGCCGUCGACAGCGGCAUCCGCCUCCUCCCGAUGCUGCUGUCACUGGUGGUAGCGUCCAUUCUCACUGGCGGGCUAGUCUCCCGCAUCGGCUACUAUACGCCCUUUCUGAUGCUCGGCAUCGUCCUCUCCUCCAUCGGCGCCGGUCUGCUCACCACUCUCGGGGUCCAUACGUCAAGCGCCAAAUGGAUUGGUUUUCAGGUGCUGUAUGGUUUUGGCCUCGGCACCUGCAACCAGAUACCAAACAUGGCGGCGCAGACAGUGCUCCCCCGCGAGCAGGUGGCCAUCGGCGCGUCGCUCAUGUUCUUUGCGCAACAGCUGUUUGGCGCCGUCUUUACGUCGGUCGGCGAGAACGUGCUCAGCAACCAGCUGGCCAAGCGUCUGGCGAUCAGUUCGCAAACGGUCCAGAAUACCGGUGCCACCCAGCUUCUGGAGCACGUUCCUGUCGACGACCGUGUUGCAUCGCUGGGGGCUUAUAAUGACUCGCUGCAGGUAGUUUUCCAGGUUGGUCUCAUCAUGGCUUGUCUUGCCAUCCUGGGUGCCGUACCUAUGGAAUGGCGCACUGUCAAGAAGGAGCAGCUGUCUUCCACGUCUGACCGCAACGAUGGACAGGCGGAGGAGGGCGCCCCGGGCAAUGCCCAGUCAACGAUGGACUACAAGCAGGGGACGGUGAAUUGA